UGUGGCCUGCAGCAGGUUCUGUUCCCGCUCCCCACGCCUCUGCCGGUUUUCGCGCUGCUGACCGCGCCGGGCUCCGAGCUGCCCUCGGUGUGCAUCGGCGUGAGCCCCGGGCGGCCGGCCAAGUCCGUGCUCUUCCACACGGUGCGCUUCGGCGCGCUCUCCUGCUGGCUGGGCGAGAUGAGCACGGAGCACAAGGGGCCAGUGCAGGUGACCCAGGUAGAGGAAGACAUGGUGAUGGUGUUGAUGGACGGCUCUCUGAAGUUGGUGACCCCAGAGGGCACCCCAGUUCGGGGCCUGCGCACACCCGAGAUCCCCAUGACAGAAGCUGUGGAGGCCGUGGCUAUGGUUGGGGGUCGGCUUCAGGCCUUCUGGAAGCAUGGAGUGCAAGUGUGGGCUCCAGGCUCCGACCAGCUGCUGCAGGAGCUGAGAGACCCCACCCUCACCUUCCGGCUGCUUGGCUCUCCCAGGCCUGUCAUUGUAGAGACGCGACCAGCAGAUGAUCCUACUGCCCCGAGCAACCUCUAUAUCCAGGAAUGAGUCCCCUGGUAGUGGAGGGUAUUGGGGGAGGUAUUGGAAACCAGUCCCUGUAUCCCCCAAAAAGACACACUAGUGGUCAUGUCACAUCCUUGUCCUCCUAAUAAAUAUGACGUUAGCUUC